GCUGGAAAUUACGAGGUGCGCAUGAAGGCAGCAGGAGAAGCGGUUAGGGGAAACGGAGCUCGGUGUUCUGCUUUCGCACUUUGUGGACAUAUUUUGCGAUGGAUUCACAGGCUCCACCAAAGCCAUGGGAAAGGCGGAUUCCAGGGGCAAUGAGUGUACCUGUUAACUACAGGUCUACAAACAUUGGAUCCUAUGCAGGCCCCUCCUCUGCCUCUGCAGGCCCUCCUGUCCUGACCAGGAUGGUGCCCCCAGUGCCCCCUCGUCCCGUUCAGCAGACCUACCGUCCAUCCUACAGCUCUUUCACCUCUUCUUACAGCCCCUAUGGGAGCUCCAUGUAUGGGGGGUACAGCCCCUACAGCUAUGGUGGUGGUGGCUAUGGCCUUGGAGGGUACAACCGCCUCUCCCACAUGGAGGAAGUCGCCCCCAGCCGAUUUGUGCAGCAGGCUGAGGAGAGCAGCCGCGGUGCCUUCCAGUCAAUCGAGAGCAUUGUACAGGCCUUUGCCUCAGUCAGCAUGAUGCUUGACGCCACCUUCUCAGCAGUGUAUAACAGUUUCCGUGCCGUGCUGGACGUAGCCAACCACCUUACACGGCUGCGUGCACACUUCACCCGAGUUUUGUCAGCCUUUGCUCUGGUGCGCACCUUGCGCUACCUGUACCGACGGUUGCAAAGGCUGCUGGGGAGAAGAUCAGACUCUGAGGUUGAGGACUUGUGGGCAGACAGUACAAGUGAUGCCCUGGCAACAAGUGCAUCCAGAGGAGAGGGGUCAGGGAUGGAGGAUCAGACCGUGAAGUCCUGGCCAAUCUUUCUGUUUUUCGCAGUAGUCCUCGGGGGACCCUACCUUAUUUGGAAGCUGCUGAGCUCCAGCCCCGGCUCGGAAGAAAGCGCCACCAACUGGGCGAGCGGAGAGGAUGACCAUGUGGUGGCCAGAGCAGAAUAUGACUUUUCAGCUGCCUCGGAGGAAGAGAUCUCUCUGCGGAGUGGAGACAUGCUUAACCUUGCCCCAAAAGAGCAACAGCCCAGGGUGCGAGGCUGGCUGCUGGCCAGCGUGGACGGUCAGACCACAGGACUUGUCCCAGCCAACUAUGUGAAGGUCCUUGGCAAGAGGAGAGGCCGUAAGCAUGCAGAGAUGGAGAGGCUCGCUCAGGUCCAGCAAGGCGACACACAGGCCUCUCAGACAGCCCUUGCUGCACAUCCAGAGUCAAAUCCUGCACUAGGAUUUACCCCCAAUUCAGCCUCCGCAGAGGAGCUGCUUGAGUCGGUGUACACAGAAACACCAGCUUCCUUCAGUGUGGGAACAUCCAACUCCAGUUUGCCCUCCAGCACAGCGCUAAAUAUCCCUGAGAAGAUAGACUUGUGAUGCUUAUCUGCAUAUCUCUAUAUGUCUAUGUGUGUUAAGUCAGUACUUGUUUGCAGCAUUUAACUUAAAUCUUGACUAAUAAUCAGCUGACUUUAGAUAUCUGGGGAAACACCCUGACACUCAUAAAGUAGUGCAUUGUUUCAUCUAUAAUGAUUAAAAUCUGCAAACACAAUCUGGACGUUCUGAAAAGGGUUGUUGCUCAAAAUGGUUUCAGUACAUGUUUAUUGUUGUACUGUUCUGUUUAGAGCCAGUUUGUCUCAGAUAAAGAGGUUACCUUCACAUUUCACUUUUCAGUCAGCACUUGUACAAGAAAGUUUUGUUUAUGCAGUGUGUAAGGUACACUGCUGUUCUUCAGAUCUUGUCUGAUAUAAGAUGUAAUAUCUCAAGCUUGUUUGAUAACAGGAAUAAGUUCAAUAUUUAAACUAAUGAGGUGCACUGAUACAUCAUCUGCAUACUGACAGUAUAUGGACAAAGCCAGGGUAUUUAGUUUGACAAUGUAAUUAUGUAACCUUGUACUUGGUUCACUUGCAGGCUGCUUGGUCCUCUGUAUUUUUCUGUGUGAAGCAAAUGGGAUUGGAUUCAUUUGUAAUGAAAAGCAGGGCUAAUUUUGCACAUUUUCAACAGUUAGUCACAGAAAGUAAUUUUGUAAAUAUUUAAUAUAAUUAUUUUGAAAAUAAAGUUUUUCAAAAACCAAAAUGA